CAUACACUCACACUCACACUCGUAUUUGUUGAAAAACCCUUUUCUGUGAGUCUGGGGUUUAGCCAACGGCUCUGCAACCGAAGUUCCCUCCCUCUCAUACAUGGCUGCCGCUGAUUCAGUACCAGCAUUACAAGUGAACUUCGCAACCUAAACACUCACGCUUGCAUAGGCAUGCCCAUCAAAAUCAACGGUAAGUAUUUCAGUCCAAAUACUUCAUAUUUCAUUGCUAUUUUUACCUUCAAAUUUGGCAUUCUGGCUUCUCUGUUUAUUCAAAUCUCGGAAACUAGUGGUCAUGACCCAUUUGGCAAAACUCAGAAUACCUUCCAUUCUCAAAUGGGUUUCUUCAAAUAUUAGUGAAAACCACCUUGGAUCAUCAAAAUGGAUACUUUGGCAAUCUCGGACUUUCCCCAUGGCCCAAAACCCUAGAUAUUAUUCAACAAAAAGAACUGUUCAAACUGAAAAAUGUGAACUUUUGGAUGAAACUUCAUCUGCUAAUUCCAAAAAAGUUGUGAAAUUUUCUCUUGCCACACGGAAAGCAGCACAAGCUGCAUUGUUGGAUUAUUUGCAUUCAACUAGGAGCAUACAGUUUGUGGAUGCUGAGAAUAUGAGUAAAAACUCGCCACAUUUUCUCGAAAAGCUGUUGAAAAGGGUCGAAAAUGAGGGGGACAUUGGACGGGCUAUUAGCCGGUUUUUGCGGUACCAUCCCAUUAAUGAAUUUGAGCCCUUCUUUGAGAGCAUGGGUUUGAAACCUUCAGAAUAUGAUCCUAUUCUUCCGCGCAAGUUGAUGUUUCUUAGUGAUGAUGAUUUGUUGCUGGAGAAUUACCAUGUAUUGUGCAAUUAUGGGAUUGCGCGUAAGAAGAUUGGGAUGAUUUAUAAGGAGGCAAAAGAAGUUUUUCGGUAUGAUUCUGGGGUUUUGUCAUCAAAGCUUAAAGCUUAUGAAGAACUGGGACUUAGCCAGUCUACUAUGAUUAAGUUUAUUGUUCAUAGCCCUUAUCUUUUGAUAGAAAAUGUAAAUUUGGAGUUUGUUCAGGUAUUAGAGAAGCUAAAGAGUUUUGGAAUGGAAAUUAGUUGGAUUGAGCAGAAUUUGUUGGAUGGGAUUACUUAUAACUGGAGACAGAUGCUUGGGCUUUUAUGCUUGUUUAGGAAGAUGGGAUGCAGCGAGGAGCAGUUGGCUAGACUAAUCAUUGAGCAUCCAGGGAUUAUAUUUGAGGGCUCUGGGGAUAGAACACUGUCUCUAAUUGGGUUCUUAUUGAAAUUUGGGUCUACAGUGAACCAGAUGCGUUUGCUGUUUCUGCAGUUUCCACAAAUCCAAGUUGGGAAAUUUGUGUUGAAUUUGAGGCAGUGCUUUAUGUUCCUGAAUGAGAUCGAGAUGGAGGUCACAGAGGUUGGGAAGAUUGUCUGCACUCAUGCCCUAUUACUUGGUUCAUGUACUUUGAAGAAAACUAACAGCUUGCUUUCUAACCUAAAUGUUGGAAAGAAGCGACUUCGUAAACUUGUCCUGGAGAACCCACAAGAAUUGAAGAAUUGGGUUCUAGGAACUAAAGUUGAGCCAUUACCAGAAUCAAGAGAGGAACUAAAAUCAAAAUUCCAGAAGUCCAAGUUUUUGUUGAAUUUGGGAUUUGCUGAGAAUUCUGAACAAAUGAAAUCAGCAAUUAAGGUGUUCCGAGGCAAUGGAGUGGAGCUGCAGGAGAGAUUCGAUUGUAUUGUGAAAGCUGGUUUGAAUCAGAAGGAUGUUUUUGGAAUGAUUAAAGUAUCGCCUCAAAUUCUUAACCAGAAGAAAGAUGUGAUUCAAAUGAAGAUUGAUUUUUUUGUAAAUGAUUUGGGCUAUCCCUUAUCAUCUUUAGUGAAAUUCCCAUCAUGUCUUUCAUAUACAAUGCAGAGGGUUGAGCUUAGGUUAUCAAUGUAUAAUUGGCUUAAAGAACAAGGAGCAGUAGAUCCCAAGCUGUCCUUGAGUACUAUAAUUGCAAGUACAGAGAAAUUAUUUGAAGAGCAAUAUAUAAAUCAUCAUCCUAGUGGCCCUCAGGUUUGGCAGGAUUUGAAGAAAAAAAUUUAUUCUGUAUAAUAAAUUGUUUUAUUACUUGUACUUUUAAGGGUUUGGCAGGCAAGUUAUCUGCUAGUUGGUAUGCAAAAGUUCUUUCAAUCUUUCUUUUACUUUGACAACUUGAGAAAUUCAUUAAUUGUUUUUUUAUCCACAUAUCUUAAACUGAAGCCAAGUUUCAUCCAGUUAGCAAGCAUAUAAGCAAAUAUAAGAAUCAAAGCAGGUUUAAAUCUAAGUGAUAACUAAUUAUUUUAUUCAUCAACAACAAGACAAGAACAGGUAAUGUUUCUUAUAUUUUUUUUUCUUUUUAUUUUCUCGUUAUGCAUAGUGUUUAAGCAUUUCUACAUAUCAUUACAAAGGCAUCAACCCAUUGUGUAUAUGUGGAAUAUGAAAAGAGUCCAUUAUGCUUCUAGUAUUAAAAGAAAAAUUUUGCAUUUCUUGAGAAAUUGUUUCACAUGGAGGCAGUGCAAUUGUGUUUCUGUUGUAUUUUGUUCAUUAUGAGAAAAAACUUAUUCUUUAGAAAAUCAUGGCAGCACCGAUGGGGAAUAAAAUGAGAGUCAUUUGAAUUGGGUCAGACCCUUGAAAAGCUUAUCUCCACGUGUACUUGUUAUUUGACCACCAGUACUCUGAAUUUAUAAUACUUCUUGAUCGUUAGUUGCUAAAUAGAUGGAAAAUAUGAAGUGUACUUUUUUUU